AUGUGGAGAACACAAUCCUUUCUUAGUAUAAGGAGAAAUCUUGCCCAGAGUUCAAGACUCAGUGGGAAAUCCUCUCUGAGUAGAAUCUCAGAGAGAAGAUUUGCUGCACAAAUCUUCAACAACUGUGACGAAGCUAUCCAUGAUAUGAAAGAUGGAUCCAAGAUUGCUUGUGGAGGCUUUGGAAUUUGAGGUAUCCCUGAAAAUCUGAUAGAGUCUAUCAAGAAUAAAAAUCUCAGAGAACUCACUUGCAUUUCUAACAAUGGAGGUCUUUCAGAUUGGGGUCUCGGAAGGCUUAUGAUUAAUAGACAAGUCAAAAGAAUGAUAGGAGGGUCUAUCAUGGAGAAUAAACUAUACGAAAAACAAUACCUUGAAGGAAAUAUGGAAGUGGAAUUCAUCCCACAAGGCACUCUUGCAGAGAGACUGAGGGCAGCAGGAAAUGGGAUCCCUGCUUUCUAUACUCAGACUGGUGUGGGAACCUUCUUAGAACAUGGAGGAUUCCCAAUCAGGAUGCCUCAGGACGGAGAGGAGGCUACCUUAGUUACAACUCCAAGAGAAGUUAAAAUCUUUGAUGGCACUAAAUAUCUUUUAGAAGAAGCUCUUAAGGCUGAUUAUGCUAUUGUCAAAGGAUGGAAAGCUGAUGAAAAAGGUAACGUAGUAUUCAGGAAAUCAGCAAGAAACUUCAACAUUGAUUGUGCUAAAGCUGCUCAAACAUGCAUUGUUGAGGUAGAAGAGAUAGUUCCGACUGGAACUCUUGAUCCUGAUACCAUCCAUCUUCCUCAUAUUUUCGUUCAAAGAUUAGUUCAAUGUGAUCAUUACGAGAAAAGAGUGGAACAGCUUACCGUUUCUAAUGAAGAUGGCAAAGUCGAUGCUUCUUCGCUUGGCAGAAAUGCUGGAAAAAUCUCAGAAUCUUCCUUAAGAAGAAAAAGAAUCGCAAUGAAAGGAGCCAAGGAUGUGAAGGAUGGUAUGUACAUUAACUUGGGAAUCGGGAUCCCAACUUUGAUCUCCAAUUUUAUCCCAGAAGAACUUGAUGUGACCUUCCAGAGUGAGAAUGGUAUCCUUGGAAUGGGAGGAUUCCCAUUAGAGAAGGAUGUAGAUCCUGACCUAAUAAAUGCAGGAAAGCAGACAGUUGUUACAGUGCCAGGAGCCAGUUUCUUCUCAUCAUCAGAAUCUUUCGGGAUGAUCAGAGGAAAGCAUAUUGAUAUCACAUUCUUGGGAGGAUUCCAAGUAUCUGAAAGAGGAGAUCUAGCGAACUGGAUCAUCCCAAAGAAACUUGUCAAAGGAAUGGGCGGUGCAAUGGAUUUGGUUCAAGGAGCUAAGAAGACAGUUAUCAUGAUGGAGCAUGUUGCAAAAGGCAAUCAGCUCAAGGUUCUCAAAGAAUGUGAGCUCCCUCUCACUGGAGAGAAUUGUGUUGACGAGCUAAUCACAGACCUUGCUGUCUUUAGAUGGAAUGAAGAGAGACAGAUGAUAUUAGAAGAGGUAGCCUUCGAUACAACAGUUGAAGAAGUCAGAAAGCUAACGACUGCAAGAUUCAAAGUCUCUGAUAAUUUGAAGAAAUUUUAUGAUGAAUAG